CGGGGAGCAGCCCAGGCCAGGGGGGCUCCUCCUGCCUCCCCCGAGGAACGCUGCCACCACGACCGCUGCCUCUACCCUCAACCUGCCCCCUCCUGUCUCGGCCUCUGCUGCUCUGCCCCGGGCUGGGGUGGAUUUGAGCCUCCCCAAGCCAAAGAAGAGGACAGAGCCGGUGCGGAUCACGGCGCCCGAGUUGCACAAGGGAGAUUCAGAUUCAGAGGAAGAUGAACCAGCAAAGAAGAAAAAUACUCUUCAGGGACGCGGCGAGGGCUCUGGCUUGUCCGCUUUGCUUCCUCAACCCAAAAACUUGACGGUGAAAGAGACCAGUCGGUUACUUUUGCCCUACGCUUUCUCGAGGAAAGGAGGAGAAAACGCCUCUGACUCAAAGCCUGCUAAAGCCCCGACCUCUUCCUCCAAAACAAAACCUCUGUCCAAGCCAGCGGUGCCCACAACUCCUUCUCCAUCUGCUAUCAAAGCUGCUGCCAAGAGCGCUGCCCUGCAGGUAACCAAGCAGAUCACGCAGGAAGAGGACGACAGCGAUGAAGAGGUCGAGCCAGAGAACUACUUCUCCUUGUCUGACAGGAGCGAGCCCAGCGUCGUGGGUGCCGAGACGUACAUGUACUCUGGCACGGUGGUGUCAGAGGACCCACCGCCUGGGACAGAGACAGAGCCCCAAUUCCAGGACGCUGCUGCUAACGCCCCUCUGGAGUUCAAGACGGGCGCGGGCUCCAGCAGUGCUCAGCACAGCUGGGCGCCCAAACCUGGAGAAGACUACGGCAGCCAGCCGUACAGCCAGUUCUCUGCCUACAGCGAGGCCGGCGUGGCUGGUGCAUAUUAUCAGGAUUACUACAGUGGCGGGUACUACCAGGAGAUGGAACCAGCCCAGGCACCGCCGCAGGAGAUGAGCACCGACUCCUCCUUCAUAGAUGACGAAGCGUUCAAGCGUCUGCAAGGCAAGCGGAAUCGCGGGAGGGAAGAGAUCAACUUUGUGGAUAUCAAAGGUGACGAUCAGCUGAGCGGAGCCCAGCAGUGGCUGACCAAAUCCUUGACAGAGGAGAAGACCAUGAAAUCGUUCAGCAAGAAAAAAGGAGAUCAACCCACGGGCCAGCAGAGGAGAAAACACCAGAUCACGUACCUGAUCCAUCAGGCGAAGGAAAGAGAACUGGAACUGAAAAACACGUGGUCUGAAAACAAGCUCAGCCGACGUCAGACUCAAGCCAAAUACGGAUUCUAA